GCGCAACCUGGGUUUCCAGCCGGGCCCUUUUCGUGGCUGGGCCGCCAACAUGGCUCCUCCCGGGGUUGGGGCCCCUGGAGGCUCCACGCCUUCGCCUUCCUGACAGCGCCUGGCUUCUGCGCGACCUGGGUCUUCCCCCGGCUGUCCCAGCAGACAUGUUCUCCAAAGCCUUUCGGGUCAAGUCCAACACGGCCAUCAAGGGGUCGGACAGGAGAAAGCUUCGCGCUGAUGUGACAGCUGCUUUCGCCACCCUUGGGACAGAUCAGGUCUCUGAGUUAAUACCUGGAAAGGAGGAGCUCAACAUUGUCAAGUUGUACACUCACAAAGGGGAUGCGGUGACCGCGUACACAAGUGCUGGCAACCCCAUCCUGUUUGAACUGGAGAAAAAUCUGUAUCCUACAGUGUACACACUAUGGUCCUAUCCAGAUCUUCUGCCGACCUUCACAACAUGGCCCCUAGUCCUGGAAAAACUGGUAGGGGGAGCUGAUUUGAUGCUUCCGGGACUCGUGGUGCCCCCUGCUGGUCUGCCCCGGGUACAGAAGGGCGAGCUCUGUGCCAUUGCCUUGGUGGGGAACAGGGCCCCCGUAGCCAUCGGAGUGGCUGCCAUGUCCACCGCUGAGAUGCUGGCUGCAGGCCUGAAGGGAAGGGGCUUCUCGGUGCUCCACACUUACCAGGACCACCUGUGGCAAUCCGGAGACAAGUCCUCCCCACCGUCCAUUGCUCCGCCACUGCCGGAUGCCACAGACGUCAGUGAGGAGAAGGUGCAGGGAGACAUGAGGGGCCUGGCGCUGCGGGGAGAGGAGGGGAACGGGGAGGCCUGUCGGGCGCAUGGGGAGAGUUCCCUCCCGGAAGCCCCAGAGGACGGCAGUGGCAGCAGAGGGGACCCGAGCCAAGACCUGGCAGAAGGCAAAUCGCUUCCAGAGCCAGCCAAGCGGAGCGGGAUGGAGCUGCAGGAGGCAGCCCGUGCCCUGCAGCAGGGCGGCUUCCGGUCUGUUCCCGCAGAGCAAAUGGACGGCCUGUUACGGCAGUGCUUCCUGCAUGCGCUGAAGUGCCGGGUCAGAAAGGCCGACCUCCCGUUACUCACCAGCACGCUCCUGGGCAGCCACAUGUUCUCCUGCUGCCCUGAAGGACAACAGCUGGACAUCAAGAAGUCAAGCUAUAAAAAGAGGCUGUGUGCACGUGGAGUCAGAGGCCCCUGCCCGGCCCCUCCCCAGCUCUCCAAGUUCCUUCAGCACAUGCAGCAGGAGGAGAUCGUGCAGGUGAAGGAGCUGAGCAGAGGCGUGGAGAGCGUUGUGGCUGUGGACUGGAAGCACCCGAGCAUCACGUCCUUCGUCAUCCCCGAGCCCUCCCCGGCCUCCCAGACUGUGCAGGAGGGUGGCAGAGAACAGCCCUACCGCGCUCCAGAUGUAAAAGCCCUCUACUGUGUCCCCGCCAGCAUGACUCUGCUCUUCCGGGAGUCUGGGCACAGGAAAGGGAGCGCUCUCGAGGCCAGCGAGGUCCGAGCAACCGUCAUUGACUAUGUCAAGAAGAAUGACCUGGUGGAUGCGGACAACAAGAAUCUGGUGAAAUUGGAUCCUGUCCUGUGUGACUGCAUCCUAGAGAAAAACGAACAGCACACAGUCCUGAAGCUUCCGUGGGACAAUCUCCUGAGCAGAUGUCUCGAAAAACUGCAGCCUGCCUAUCAAGUGACCUUUCCCGGACAGGAGCCCCUUGUGAAGAAAGGGAAAAUCUGUCCUAUCGACAUCAGCCUAGCACAGAGGACUUACAAUAAAAAGGUAACAGUGGUCAGAAACUUGGAGGCCUAUGGUCUAGACCCGAGCUCAGUGGCCUCCGCCCUCCAGCAGCGGUGCCACGCCAGCACCACGGUCACCCCGGUGCCCGGAGCCAAGGACGGGCUGCAGGUGCAGAUCCAGGGGAACCAGAUCCACCACCUGGGCCGGCUGCUGCUUGAGGAGUUUGGGCUCCCGCGGAAGCACAUCCAAGGCCUGGAGAAGGCUCCCAGGCCCGGCAAGAAGUGAGGACGGCCGUCUCAGCGAGGAUCCGGUGGGAGUCCAGGCUCUGGGCUGGUAAUUUAUAUGAGCAUUUUCAGCUUUUGCAAAGAAAAAAAUAUAAUUCUUUACCAGAAAUUUUUAUUGCAAUCUAAAUCUGAUUCUUCUUCCCUCCACUUAACAAAAACACUGUACUAACUUUUAAAGUCAGCAGUGUUUCAAGUUGACAGGAGAGGCCGCGCCCACUCAGUCCCUGCCGUCUUCCCCAUGGUGCAGCCCAGCCCGUGUCCUGGCGGUGGCCCUUGCUGGUUUACAGCCCCUUCCCAGGUACUAUGUGGCCUUCUGCUGUCCGGUUACCCCAGCCCAAAACAGUCCCUGCACCUGGGUCACGAAGACGACAGAACCCAGCGGUUCUGUGUCACCAGUCGAGGCAGCAGAGGACCAGACUCAGCAGAACCUGGGCCAGAGUGUUGUGAGCAUCAGACGAGUGCCGGGGUGACCGAGAUUGUUCCCUGGCUUUAGUCCUCACUCUGACAGGUGACUGGGCUGCGCUUCUGAGCUGCUGACCGUGUCGCCGUGAGUCCUGGCCCACAGAUGCCUGCUUCGGCCCUGACUUCUAACCUGAUGCUCAUGGCGGGUCUUCACCUGGUCUGCAGAGGGCUACAAGCUAAUGCCCCGAUGUGCUGCCGAGGACCCACGCUCACUUUCCUAAGGAGGAACCGCACGACCUUCAGGCUCCCAAGGGAUUGCUGAGUGCCAGGUGUUUGAAGCAUCUCUCCUGUCCCUUCCAGCUCACGGGCGUCACUUCCGUGACUGCCGCUCUCGGGGCAGUAACAGCUGCCCGCAUCCCUUCAGGUCCUUGGAAUUUUACCAGGAAACAAUUACGCAUCCUCAUGCUCCCUUUUUUCCUUUCUCACAUUACUUAAAAGAAAAAAACUGACAUAAAGGCUUGAAAAUAUCCACAGAUUGCCCAUCUGGAGCUUGGAAAGGGAGAAAGGGAAUGAGCGUUAAGACGUGUGGUGCCUCCUGCCUUUUGCCCUCACCCCAGAACUGGCCUUUUCGCUGGUAAGCAAGCUGUCACUCUCCCUACCGCAGGCGCUCAUGGGACCAGGGCGUGGCUUCUAGAAACUGACCUCAAACAGGGCCCUGUUGCAGCAAAGCCUUUGGAUGAUGGCUGGAGUCUGAUGGAGGGGCCACGUGUCCAGCGACGACAAAAGCCCGUCUUUCACAUGCCUACACAUCGUGACCAGUUUCACACAGUCGUGGAAGGCCUGGAGUCUUGGAGAGGUUGCAUCUUAUCUGCUAAUCCUGCUAGGGAGCCCAGGAAGUGGCGGGCCGAGGCCCCGGAAGGGGACAUCUCUUAGCUGUGGUUCAGCUGUUCUCUGCCGUUAACACCUGUGCUUUGGGUGGUGGUUCCAGUCGUGGUGACACACUUGGCCCGAGUCCUUCUUCCGUGUGACUAGCGAGGGGCUGUGUGAGAGGGCGGUGGACGGCUAGGCUGUGCAAUGGGUUCAUUUUUCUACGUACUGAGCCAGAUAAUCUACCUUGAGAUCAACGUCUGUCCAGCUUGCUAAACUCCUGCUGUAACGAGAUGCGUCCCAGUGUACUACAGAGACUGCUUCACUUCCACACUUCGGCACGAUCACUGCAAGACGGCAUCCUCUGGGAAGUCAGGGCGCUGCCUGUGGCAGAUGUGCACAGUGACUGGCUGCUCUCCAGGGUGCCCGGUGGAGGACAAGGUGCUCUCCUCGGGGAGGGCGGGCCUGCAGAGCCUGAUGUGUGAGCACGGAAGGCAGCCACGUGGCCAUGCCAGCGUGUGCGGACGUGCUCCUUGGCUGCAGUCCUGGUCACCUAAGUCACCCUCCUCCAGAUGCACUGGCCUUACGUUUUCAAGGCCACAUUCUUCUCCCUGUCUUGUUUUUGCAAUAAUUCCAGGAAAAGACGUGUUGCUUACCUCAGUUGCCUGGUGUCUAACCGUCCUCUCUGGCUCAGCACCUGCUCUUGUCAGGGCCCUCUUCGCUCUCCAGCUCUGGGGUCACAAGGCAGCACCCUCUGGCCCACACACUUGACAACUUUCCCACGAGCCUUUGGACAGUAGCUUCCAUUCCUCCGUUCACUGGCAAAAGAAAACCUGGCCCUGAAGAAGGGUGUGACCGUCCCAAUGCCCCACACACCCCAGCUCCGGUCUUCAUAAGAUGGUAAAGUUCAAGGAAGACACUUCCAUUGUGAAUAAUUUUUACAAGCUUUUAUUUUUUUUUUUUAACUCAUAAGAAAGACGCCGAGAAGGAAAAUAGUUUUAAAACCGACACACUGAGCAACACAACCAUGGAAGGCACUACCAGCACGACCCCACCUCCAGGAGGGAGGGCGCUCUACACACGUUCGGAUGCGCAGGCCCUGGGGUUAAGGGUGCUCUCAAGUCGGAAUUCCCCAUAAUU